ACCGUGGUGGAGUGAGGACGUCCGGCCCGCGCGCUCCUCCGCAGACUCUGUGACUCGUUCUUGCAAGUUUUGUGCCGCUCCGCCCUGCAGUUGCUGCCACCCGCCGACCUCUGGUGUUUUUUUUUUUAUUCGUCUCUCUUUUAGCGUCUUUUGGUUGAAUCUAUUUCCCUCUUUUUUCCAAUCUUUAUUCCAUCAUUUCCUUUGACGAAGAGUUUAAGGUCGUACUCUGGUCGUAAUCCUAAAUCGGACAGGAUCUGUGGCUCGCGUGUGCGACCGUUCUCGAGUGCAAUAGAUAUAUAUUUUUCCUAGAUGUAUAUAUCUUUGCUAUAAUAAAUACACCGCCUCAGCAGUGAAAUACAUUUUUACGAAGACGAUCUAACAUAAUUCCAUCAAUAGCAAUACGGACAUUUUAACACGAGUGGGAAAACAAAAAUCAAGAUUUAACACAGUGGAUUAUAGCAUACAACAUCGUUCCUUCACACAAGAAUCAUCUGCCUUCGAACGCACCAACUCGCAGGAUUUCAGAGAAGCCAACGUUAAUCCGGGACCGUUCUUCCGAAGCCGUUCUGUCCACCAGCUAAGAAGACGCGACCAUGGACCGAAAUAUACCUCAUGUUCUCGACGUGUUCUCCUGUUCUCCGAGGGCGCGGAGGCGAGUUCACGCGACUGAUCUGGACCAGAUGGCGCGGCAGAUGAAGGAAGCGGCAGACCUCGGCCAGAAGAAUCCGGGCAACGACUCCGCCGUCUCCGUUGGCUCCAGCGAGGAGGACGACGAAGCCAGCAUCUCCAAGUACUUCGAUUACCUGAAUGACGACGACCCUAAGAACGGCAGCGUUUCCAGGAGGAAGAAGAAGAAGAAGGGCCAGGGAAGUGGGAAAGAGAAUAAUAACCAAGGGGGAGGAGGGAAGGAAAAUAAUAAGGAAGGAAAAGACAAAGGGGGCGGGAAUCACAAUAACAACCACAGUAAUGACAGCAAAGAUCAGGGCAAGAGAGAUCAGUCAUCUGAACGCCAGAGCCGCAAGGGAGAGUACGAGAAAGACAUCAGGCAUAUUGAACGCCACCUGUCUAUGAAGAAGACGAUUCGCAAGAAGAUGAUGAGAGACCUUCAGCAGGCCUUCGUCGAGGACCCCGGCGAGUUCCAGCAGGACCCCAACAGGAUGGCCCCAGAGAAGAAGAACAACAUCGACAUCCGUAAUUUGACCUUUUCCAAGGGUCGCCUCUCCAAGUCUGAACACAACUUCCUCGACAUGCUGAAGGACGAGAAUGCCAAGGAGAAGGAAAAGAAAGAUCGCAAGGGGAUUCUAGGGUACAAGAACAACAAGAACAGAGAGUCUUCCAAGGAGGUUUUGAAGGACGAUGACUCUGGCAAUGGGUCGCCUACGAGGGAGCCAUCCAAGGAAGAAAAGGAGGUGGUAAAGGAGGAAAAGAAGGUCGGCUUUUGGAAGAAGCUAACAGGAAAGGGGAAGAACAAGCGAUGAGGGCGCUUGUCUGGCAAAGGCGAUCCAACAUAAACUGACUGUGAUAACCUUCCUGUGCCUAAUGUUUUCUCUUGUGAACGUCAGCUGUUAAUGUUACAUCACUUUGACUAUUUAUCCUGUUUGGUCUUCUUAUGAAAUCAGACUACGUUUUCUUGUUCAAUAAGCAUCGGAUAGAUUUGAGGUGAUUUAUAGUCUAAUAUUGAAUAUAAAAUUUUGCCACACAAUAAAUACAGUUCCUAUUUCUACACAUUAAAACAUUCCGUUUUAGAUAUUGUUCCAUUCAUUCACACCAAUCCACAAAUUGUAUUUAAAAAGAUACUUUGGUGGCACUAUACACUGACUUGCCUUGAGGCAAUUUUUUUUCUCCUUUUCUUGUCUUUAUGUCUUGCCUUUUUUGUAGGAUUAUAUAAAAUGAAAAACCUUUCUGUGUUGUGUGUAUAUAUUUUGAUUUUUUUUGUAUUGAGGAAAGGGUGUCUAUACAAUUCAGAUUAGUUUUCUAACUACAUUAUGUGUAUGUAAUACAAGUUUUAUAAGGCCUUUCUUGUGUAAUUCAAUAAUAUAUAAUCGAUGCAAAUCAGAAAUGACUAUGGAUAUUGGUAGUUAGAAUAAUAGUUUAGUUUUGCACAUGUGGCUUUAGAUACUUGUUUUUAUGUCUGUUUUUAUACUGUAACCCAUGUAUUUUUGUGUAUCAUAUAAAAGCUAUAGAAUGCUGUUAUGGGGACUCCAAGAUGUUCAUUCAGCCUUUAUGACUUGUUCAUAAAUGUUAUUUUGAAUCUUAGGGAAGAAGAGAGAAUGCAAUUCCCAGAUCCCCCAAAAAAGUUACUCCCAACUGAAAUUGUUGUCCUCAAAUUGCACUAUUCGAACAUCACUGAAAGCAAGAAGAUGAAAGAUAACACUUUACAUUUCUUAUGGGAUGGACAAUAGAUUCAGUGGCUGUACUUUUAGCCUGCUGGUGGUGUAGUGCCAAUAGCUGAUGCCUGAUUUGUGGUAGGGAUGUUUUAACAAUACAUUUUCUAUGUGAAAGUUGUAUAUACUUUGUUUGAAUUAAAUAGCCACUUCCAUUUGAUGUCACAAAAGAUGAGAUGGAUUGUGGACAUGUCGCAUGAUAAGAAAUUUCACUGUCAACAAUUAUAAGAACUGUAAACCACACAGCUAGACAGGAAAUUUGGCAGAGUAUUUAGAAGUAAAGAAAGUGUCUAUAAUGUAACUUCCAGAAUGCCUUCUCCUAAAAGCAUAUUGGAAUCCAUUCAUCUGUGAAGAUAUACGUGGGAUAGUUUUUUGAAAAUGUGAAUAUGUACUUAUGAACUUGUGCGAGUUAAUUUCCUUUUUAAAGUUGUCCACCAUAAGGUGCAAAGUCUACCAAGAAACAAAGAAGCAUUUACCCAAGAUAACCAUUAUAAAUAAAGGGAGUAAAAAAUAUGCAGGAUUACACUCCAUUAGGUAAAUGUUGAGAGGAAAAAAGUAAGCCAAGCAUUCUUGACAAAUAUUGCUUGCAUGAUAAACAUCCUCUACUUAGAUGACUGCAAGGAAUGAGUUUACAACAUUUACACCAAAUAAACCUAUAAUGUCACAGUAGACAAUUUUGGUAACUGGGAGUCGAAUAAUCACCAAAGAGGCAUUGAACAUAAAUGGUUUAAAAUAAAUGAAUCAGACAAAGCUCUCCUGGCAGCAAGACAGCCUUUAAUGUAUACUUGAGACAGGUUUUAAUUUGACAAGAGAAGUUCCUAAAUUGAAUGCAUUCAAGUGUUUCAAGAGUUGCUUUGGAAACUUAUGCUUAUUAAAUAUACAUGGAAAGAGGAAUGAUAAAAACAACAAAAAAAUGUAUGGAUGUAGGCUGGCAUUGUUAUGUAGUAUGAUUAUUGUAAAAUGGUGAAUAUAAAUAAAAUCUGCUGUUCA